AUGAGUGACCACCAGUACAUAGAGUUUAUAGUCGCUGAGAUAAAUCGGGGAGGGAACAUCAAGCCGCAUGUUGGCCACAAGAGACCCUCCUGGAACCUCAGACGGCUAAAUCGGGAGAAGUUGGCGGAGUCUCUGGCCGAGGCUCGAGCUAUACAUGAGCUAGGCUGGAUGACGAAGCCAAUUUCUGUGGGCGACAAAGUGCGUGAGGCGAGGCGAGUUAUUAUUGCAGCGUGCAAUUACUCUAUGCCUCGCCGGCACCAAACAAAAGCUAGGAAGGGUGCUCUGUACUGGUGGAGCGACGAAUUAGCCCGCUUAAGAAGAGAAUGCAACGCAGCGAGGAGGAAAUACACCCAUUCAAAGGGAGACCUUCUGCUGCAAGAAGAGUGGCACAAAAGCCAGGCAUAUUUUUAA